CAAAAAUAGACGGACGAUCUUGCUGGAGAAGCAUUACCAAUUUCAUCUUUCUUCGAUCGUCAUCUUCGUCUCUACUUCUAGAAAUCGUAGGAACCCUAAUCUCCUGAGAUAUUCUUACUGUUCAUUAGUAGCAGAGACGAAGAAUUAGAUUACGGUAUUGAAGAGCGAAGUAGAAAUCGAAAGACGAUGGCAGGGAGAGAAGUUCGAGAAUACACAAAUCUGUCUGACCCUAAAGAUAAGAAAUUAGGGAAGGGUAAGAUUGAUGAUGAAGACGUCACAUUCCAACGGAUGGUUGCAAAGGGAUAACGGCCCCGCCACAUUUUUCUGGUUGUUGCAUUCAGAUGCAAGAGGUUGCUGGUGAACGUGGAGGAUAUCUUCAUGGACGAGGCGCUUUAGACAGCGACGAUUUACUUUAUCUGAAAGAACAGAUGGAAGCAGAGGAGGAUGCUGAACGCCUUCUGAAACGAACUGAGAAACGGGCUUUUGCUGCCUUUAAAAAAGCUGCAACGCAAGCUGAUUCAUCUCCAGCAUCUGUUCCCUUGCCCCUUCGUGUUGAGCCCAAACCAAAGAGUGGUAUCAGGCAGCAAGAUUUGCUGAAAAAAGUUCUUGAGGUUAAACCUAAACGUCCAAGAGUCUCGACAGCGUCAAGCCCAAGCUUAUCUCCCCCUGUAAGAAGUAAUAAAGGUCCAACGGUUCAGGGAGAUAAGCAGAAAGAAGAAGCCAAGACAGUGUUGAAGAAACCGGACAGACCAGAGGAGCAACCUGGCACAAACAGAAAUGACGGUAAAGCAACCGAAAGCAAUGGGCAAGGUCAAAAUGCUUUGAAAGGCUUGUUGGGGUUAGCGUAUGAGAGUUCAGAUGAAGAAGACUGAGGACUGAUGAGCACUGAAUAGGGUUCUAUCUUCUUUUAGUCUUCUCAUGUUUUGUUUUUAUCGUCUCCAAGUUGUUGGUAUCGUCUCAAAUCUUACAAGAGUUUAGCUUUAGGAUUCAAUACAGCUUUUGCCAUCUAGCCCUGCACUUGUUGUAAUUGUGAAAACCAAACGGGUUUGUUGGAGUUUGAAGAAGAGAAUCUAAUGAAGAUAAUUUCUAAAAGCA